UGGGGAGAUUUUUGUUGUGGAUGGCUGCUUUCUGAGCAAAACCAUAUGGCCACAGUUUGCCACUGGAUAUCUUUCCCAUCCUCGUUACAGGUAGUUUCUGAAAUUUGUUUCGCCGCUUUAAGGCUGGAAUUAUUUUUUUUGGAAUGAAUGCUCCUGGCUCAAUGCUGCUUUUGAUGGCUCUGGUUCAUGUAAGUCUGGGCACCAGGUUCACCUUGCUGAUCUCCAUGCCCAACACCUCCAUUCCUUUCAGCUCUGGUCGGAUUGGUGCUGGUGCUCUUAUCGCCAUCAGUUCUGUAAACAGCAGCCCGGAGCUUCUGCGAGGUCAUCAUCUGGACUAUCAUUAUGUGGAUGAUGAAUGCAAUGAUCUACGUGGUCCAGGGAAAAUUGCAGCGCUUUACAAUAGACAUAAAUACAGCGCUUUCAUUGGACCGUCUUGCUCAAAUGUCUGUGCAGUGACUGCUAAAUUAGCAGCUUUCUGGAACAUUGCUGUCAUCAGUCCGGUAUGUGCAGAACAACAGUUUCUGGAUAAGAAGGCCUACCCAACGCUAACUAGAGUGUUUGGACCCUUCACUAAACUUGGAGCAUUCUUUGUGGAAAUCUGUAAACAAUUUGGCUGGCAGCGCAUCGGCAUCAUCUAUGAUGAAAAACCAACCUGGGCUAUUCCUGUCGAGGGUAUCAAGUAUCAAGCAGAGCACAAUAACAUCACAGUGGCCAAGUAUCAAGACAUCCACAGCUCACUCUCUCAGGGGUCCUCGUCAAACUGGUCGAGGGUCUUAGAUGACAUGGCUCAAAUGGCUCGCAUUAUUGUGAUAUCAGCACAUGGCAAGGUAGUCCGUAGUUUGCUAAUUGAAGCUCACAAGAAAGGCCUGACCAAUGGAGAUUUUGUUUUCUUUUGUUUCGAGCCGUACAAGCAAAAGGUCUUGUUUGGCAGUUUUGACUGGGAACAAGGUGAUAAAUAUGACUCAAUGGCUAAGCAGGCCUAUCAGGCUCUGUUUUUCCUGUCUCUGUAUAAACCCAGUGAUAAACGGUAUCAGGCUUUCUCAGAGAAUGUCAUCAGUAGAUCCAAAAUAGACUUUGGCUAUACCUAUGCUCAAACGGAAAAGGUUUCAGUGCUAGCAGCGAUAGCUCAUGAUACUGUCUGGCUGUAUGCUCAUGCAUUAAAUGAAACUUUGGCAGAAAAAGGAAACCCAUAUGAUGGCUUAGCCGUCACUAGACGAAUGUGGAACAGAACUAUUAAAGGUAUCCAAGGAGAUGUGACUAUUGAUGCAAGUGGAGAUCGUGAGCUAAACUACAUGAUGAAACAGAUCAGAGGUAGCAAUAACCAAUGUCAGGUUAUUGCAAACUAUUUUGGGACUUAUAAGGCAGUAAAAGGAGUUCAGAUCCUCUGGCCUGGAGGACUGACAAGUCCUCCAAAAGACUCUCCAGACUGUGGUUUUCGAGGAGAACUCUGCAUCAAUCUAGAGAGAAAAUUCUUGAUUGCUGUGGGGAUUAUAGCUGGCUUGAUGGCUGUAGGGACGCUUGCAAUCUGUGUUUUGUACAGGAAGUACAAACUCCCAGAGGAAGCUUCCAAGAUGCUGUGGACGAUCAAUGCUAAUGAUGUCAUAAUGAUGGAACAUCAUUCCUCAACUGUGCCAGAAAAGUCCCACAGAUCCAAACCCCUCCAGGCUUCAUUGGAGUCCAUCAUUUGCAGUAUGAAAGACAAGCCAUCCGCGCAUAGAACCGCAGUCUACAAAGGCACAAUUUGUUCUGUUUCCUUCGUAAAUCUGAGAAGCACACAUCUGAACAGCGAGCUGCUGGCAGAGCUCAAACAGUUCAGGGACCUGACCCACUAUAACCUUUGUAAAUUUAUUGGAGCAGCCUUGGAAACAUCUCAGCCAUUCAUUCUUACUGAGUACUGCCCUAAAGGAAGCCUGCAGGACAUUUUGCAGAACGAGUCUAUCAAGCUGGACUGGACGUUUAAGUUUUCCCUCAUGCUAGACAUUGUGAAGGGCAUGGACUAUUUGCACCAUAGUCUCCUGCAGUAUCAUGGUCACCUGUCAUCCUCCAGCUGUGUUGUCGACAGCCGUUUUGUCCUGAAGGUCACCGACUUUGGACUUAACUCAGUCAGGCGUUUAGACUCAGAGCAGAGCCCUGGAUCUGACCCAUGGACCGCUCUAUUGUGGAGGGCACCAGAGCUGCUAAGGCAGUCCAUUCCUGCUAAUGGCACUCAAAAAGGGGAUGUUUACAGUUUUGCCAUUAUCGCUCAAGAGGUAGUGUACCGCAGAGGGCCUUUCUACAUCCCCAACAGUCCCUUCAGCCCUAGAGAGAUUGUGGAGCGGGUCAGAGCAGGUGGCUGUAGUCCACUGAGGCCUCACAUUGACCGAGCCGAGUGUGUAGAGGAACUGGAGAGUCUAGUGGCGAGCUGCUGGAGAGAGAAACCUGCAGAGAGACCUGACUUCUCUUAUCUCAGGACAGCCAUCAAGAAGAACUGUCCUAAUGGAGUCUCUGAGAACAUUCUGGAUGACCUGCUGUCCCGUAUGGAGCAGUAUGCAUGUAAUCUUGAGGAGAUAGUGAGUGAACGCACAGCUGAACUUCAGGAGGAGAAGAAGCGAGCAGAGGGACUGCUCACACAGAUGCUGCCUCGAUCUGUAGCUGCUCAGCUCAUUGCAGGAAAGACAGUGAGAGCUGAGACCUACGACUGCGUCACCAUCUAUUUCAGUGACAUUGAAGGCUUCACAGCCAUGUCAGCAUCCCUCACGCCAAUGCAGGUUGUGAAUGUGCUGAAUGACCUGUACACAUACUUCGACAAUAUCAUCGACUACCACAAUGUUUACAAAGUAGAAACCAUUGGAGAUGCGUACAUGGUGGUCUCGGGUCUGCCUAUAAGAAAUGGAGACGACCAUGUGAAAGAAAUAGCUAGGAUGUCAUUAGCUAUAGUGCAGGGAUUGAGGAGCUUCCAUAGUCCACACGUACCAGAGCAGCAGCUGAGGGUCCGCAUUGGAGUCCAUUCAGGACCUUGUGUUGCAGGGGUUGUGGGUCUGAAAAUGCCACGCUACUGUUUAUUUGGAGACACCGUGAACACAGCCUCUAGAAUGGAGACAUACGGAUUACCCCUGAAGAUCCAUGUGAGCAGCUCCACCAAGUCUCUCCUUGACACUUUCAGGAAUUUCCGCUGUGAACUCCGAGGUGACAUCCACAUAAAGGGUAAGGGCUGGGUGAGGACAUUCUGGCUUUUGGGAGAGGACUACUAAACCAGAUGUCCCACUUAAUACUGUUUAACAUGCUUCAAAAAAGAGAAAAGAAAUAAUCGUUGUAGAUUUUUAUUAGAGCAUACUACACUCAUUUUUAAUGUUACUUUAUUUUGUGUGCUUGCAGUAUUUUAGUUACAAUAAGCAAAGUUCUUCACGGUAUUUAUAAAAGUUUGGGGUUAAGAUUUUAUUAGUAUUUUUUUACAUCUCUUAUUCUCUAUGGCAUUUGCACUGUAAAAAGUAGUGAGCUUCAGUUAUUACCUAUAACUAGGGGCAGACCGAAUCUGCGGGUGGUUUUUGCUAUUUCUGCCCAGAAUUUAGUAAAAAAUCUGCAGAUUUAUGCGGAAUGAUUUUAGGAGUAUCAUAACAAAAAACCAACACAGGCUCAUUGUGAAAACGUAGCCCUGCGGACGUUUCUGGAGACAGCGAAUUACGUAGGCGUAGGUACGUAUGGCUGCAUUUAAUUUCUUUAAACGAACGCUACGGGGUGGUGUGACGCUGUUCCUUUUCGCGCUUACCAGCUGACCGCUUACCUCCGUAUGGACGGCAUUCCGGCUGCAACCAGUUUGUCCCGUUAGUGCGCCACGUUUGUCGGCGGAUUUGAG